AUGCAUUCUCCGGAUACUCAAGACAUUGAAACUCCAUCUGCAAAUCUGAUUCUCAAUAAGACUAUUUGGAAGAUAGAUUCGGCUCCAAAAAUAAAGCACUUCCUUUGGAAACUGGUUUCAAGAUCUUUAUCAACGAAGGACACAUUGAAGAGGAGACAUAUUGUUCGAGAUUCGGUCUGUGUACGUUGCUGCCAAAGAGAGGAGACAGCAGAUCACUUGUUAUUUGAAUGUCCGUAUGCACAACAAGUGUGGAGAGGAAUUGGCCUAAUGAGACCCUCAUUGUUGGACCCGUUGUUGUCUUUUGAAGAUAAGCUGGAAAACAUUUUGCUUGAUCCCAUAUUACUUUCAUCACACAGAAGUCACCAGACGGUCUUAUGGUUACUGUGGAGACUAUGGAAAAGUCGAAACAGUCUAAUUUUCCAGAGGAAAGCAAUUCAUUGGAGGUCACUUAUUCGAUAUGUGAAGAGAGAUGUGGCAGAAUAUUUGUAUGCUCAGGAAAAUUCACAAGAGGUAUGUCAAAACAGAGGGAAUGGUUUGUUUACUCGGGCUACAAGGAAUGAAGUUUGGAAGCGCCCAUCACAGGGAUGGAUGAAAUGUAAUUUCGAUGGUUCCUUUCACAGUCGAGAUGAGAAGUCUGCAGUAGGUUGGAUAAUCAGGGAUGAGCAUGGUAUAUAUAGAGGAUCGGGUUAUGCGAAGGACGAUAAACCGCAAACAGCUCUAGAGGGAGAAUUUCAGGCUUUAACUAUUGCAAUGGAACAUGCAUGGGUGCGAGGAUAUCGGAAGGUCAUAUUUGAAGGGGAUUGUAAGGAGCUGAUUAAUCUAGUCGGUAACACAUCUCUAAACUUUGGCAUUUACAAUUGGAUUCAGGAAGUCUGGUUUUGGAAGAGCAAAUUUGAAGAAGCCGUGUUUUCAUGGGUGCCGAGGACAGCUAACAAGGUGGCGGAUAUGAUAGCCAAAAGAAGAAUGCCAUCAGAGCAAAGUUCUUAUUUCUAUUCUCAUAUUCCAAUGUUCCUUUAUGAUGUAAUUCACAAUGACCUCGUUGAUUCAGUUCAAUAA